AAUCUGCUAUUCUUAUGUGGAUGCGUAUUUAACAGGACAGAAGAGGAGCAUGUUUAUUCAAACCCAGUCAACACCAAACCCUUCGUCUCUUAUGUUCUACCCUGGGAAACCAGUUAUGGAAGUUGGAAGUGCAGACUUUCCAAAUGCUCGUUCAGCCAUGAAUUCUCCUCUUGCAAAAGCUCUCUAUGGCAUUGAUGGAGUUACUCGAGUAUUCUUUGGAUCAGAUUUAAUAACCGUGACAAAGUCAGAUGAUGUGUCUUGGGAUCUCCUAAAACCUGAAAGUUUUGCAGCAAUCAUGGACUUCUAUACUUCUGGAGAGCCACUGUUUCUGGACUCUAGUGUGGCAGCUUCCAUGGACACUGCUAUUCAUGAGGAUGAUUCAGAAACGGUUGCAAUGAUCAAAGAACUACUGGAGACUCGUAUACGACCAGCAGUGCAAGAUGAUGGUGGGGACAUUGAGUAUCGAGGAUACGACCCAGAAUCUGGAGUGGUCAAACUAAAGAUGCAAGGAGCUUGUAGUGGCUGUCCUAGUUCAUCUGUGACUCUGAAAUCAGGCAUUGAAAACAUGGUCAUGCAUUAUGUGCCAGAGGUUAAAGGUGUCGAGCAAGAACUAGACGAUGAAGAUGAAGCAGCAAAUGUUACCACCCAGAUGAAUUAACACCCAUUAAAUGGU